AUGGCCCUGCUGGAUCCGCGUGACUCCAGAUAUCGACGGCGUCUCGGCUCGGCCCGACGAAAAGACCCGGUCGGUCUGUCUGUGGUGUUCAACCGAAAGCUCUGGCUGUUCCUUCCAUCGGAGCAGGAGCGUCAGGGAUGGCGCCGCCUAUUGACGACAUUUGGAACCGAGGCUGUUCAGCAGAAAGAACAGGAAGUGGUCGAACAUCAAGAACGCGAAGAGAGCAGGGAUCUUCUGUUCGAGUUGGUGCAAAAGGAACUAGAAAAUGAAAAUGGGUCAGGCGCUAAGGGUAUGGCAGCCUCUACCGACGAGGAGGAAUGGAGUAUCGUGACAGCAGCCAUUGCCGACGCGGACUCGGACGAGCGUCGGGCCAGGGUCAUCCACCGGGCCACGCCCAAGGGAAGGAUAUAUUAUGCCAAGUGA